UGCAGCUGCUGCUGUGCUGCAUUCCGCGCGUUCCCGGUCAUGGCUAUCUCCUCGCCCUCCCCUGGCUUCCACCUCUCCCUCCACCUCCAAAACCCCACCCCCACCCCCCACCCAGGCCCCAACCGCAAGCCCCGCCCGACCCCGACCAACGAGACGCUCCGUCGCCGCCUCCUCCGCAAGGGCGUAUCCGCGACGCCCAAGAUACUCCAUGCCCUCCGCAAGAAGGAGGCCGGCAAGUCGCUCCGGCGGGCGAGGAAGGAGGCCGCCACCGCCACCGCCACCGCGCCACCGAAGGAGGACGCGCUGGUGGCAGAAGAGGAGGCCCGCUUCCGCGCGGCCGCCGAGGAGUACCGCGUCCUCAUGGGGCGGCCCUGGCACGGCGCCCGCGGCGUCGUGGGCCCUCCGCGCGCGGCCUCCGGCGAGGACGGGCUCGUCGGCCUGCGGAAGAUGCUCGAGGAGAGGAGCGGUGACAGAUUCCAGUGGCUUCUUGACGGCGACGUAGAAAAUGAGGGGGUGGAGGAUGCCAGGGGAAAGCAGAGGCGUGUCGGCUCUGGCUGGAUUUCGGAGGUGGGGGACGAGGAGAGGAGGAUUGAGUUGCUGGUCAGCAGGCUCAAUGAAGUGGACCUUAGUUCGGGUGAUUGGAGGCUUACUAGGAUGAUGAAACAAGCUGACCUAAUAUAUAAUGAAGAUAAUUUAUUACAAAUACUCAAAGGGCUCGAGGCAAAAGGAAACUGGAGGCAGGCUGUUGCUGUUACUGAGUGGGUGUACAAUGAGAACAGCUACAAGCAUCGAAGAAGCAGGUUUGUGUACACGAAGUUACUGUCAAUCCUUGGGAAAGCAUGGAUGCCAACUGAAGCACUGCGGAUUUUCACCAUCAUGAGGGGAGAUGCUCAAAUAUACCCUGAUAUGGCUGCGUACCAUAGUAUUGCUGUUACACUUGGUAGAGCUGGCCUUCUCAAUGAGCUAAUUAAGAUAAUCGAUUAUAUGAGACAGAAGCCUUCAAAAAGGGUAAUGAUGAUGCGACGCAAAGAUUGGGAUCCUUUGUUGGAGCCAGAUGUUCUCGUUUAUAACUCGGUUCUUAAUGCCUGCGUACUAUCACAGCAGUGGAAAGGGGUAUUUUGGGUGUUCCAGAAAAUGCGAUUUGGUGGAUUGACACCUACAGGAGCGACAUUUGGCUUGGCAAUGGAGGUUAUGCUUAAAUCCAAGAAGUAUGAGUUUGUCCAGAAGUUCUUUGAAAAGAUGCAGAGAAAAGGGGUACCUCCAAGAGCGAUAACUUAUAAAGUCUUAGUAAGAGCCUUCUGGGAACAAGGGAAAGUGAAUGAAGCAGUUGAAGCAGUUAAAGACAUGGAACAAAGAGGAGUCGUUGGAGCUGCAACUGUGUACUAUGAAUUGGCUUGCUGUCUUUGCAAUAAAGGAAGGUGGAAAGAUGCUAUGUUACAGGUUGAGAAGAUGGAACAGUUUCGCCUCACUAAACCACUGGAGUUCGCAUUUACUGGCAUGAUCCUAGCCUCUUUUGAUGGUGGAUAUAUCUCCGAGUGUAUCUCGAUAUUUGAGUCAAUGAAGGACUACUGUACUCCAAACAUUGGGACGAUAAAUGUCAUGCUAAAAGUUUAUGGACGUUGUGAUAUGUUUGGGAAGGCAAAAGACUUGUUUGAGACCACCACAUGUAGUUCUCAGCCACAUAUCCGCGGCCAUUCAUCACUUAAAGCAGACGUGUAUACAUACAGCUCUAUACUUGAAGCAUCUGCAUCCGCCCAACAGUGGGAAUAUUUCGAAAAUGUAUACAGAAAGAUGACUCUUUCUCAACACCAUCUAGAUCAAAGCAAAUAUUCAUGGUUGCUCAUCAAGGCAUCCAGAGCUGGAAAGCCCUAUUUGGUGGAGCAUGCACUUGAUUCAAUACUUGAAAGAGGAGAAAUCCCUGAUGUAGAGCUGUUCACUGAAAAUAUUUGCCAAACUAUUGCUGAAAGCGACUAUGGAAGGACAUUGCAUCUCAUGAAUACUAUGUCUGCAGCUUCAGUCAAUAUGAAUGAACAGCAAUGGAGCGAUCUACUCCUGCAAAAUUCACAUCGAUUCAGGGUGCAUGGGUUGAAGGACCUGAUAACGCACCUCAGUACUAGCGAUGCCAUCAAAACAGAUCCCGGACAUAGUUUUGUAAGAGCAUUGCAGUCCCAAUGUGCGACAAUGUUGGCGAAAGACGCUGAAGAGCCUCAAGCAGAUAAUUGUUCACAUAGCAAUUUGAUGGAACAUGAUGAGCUCUCUUGCAAGGACUCAUUGGGUAGUCAUGAAUUCUCUGAUUCCAGUACUGGUAUCCCUGUAUCAGAUGUCAAAGCUGGCUCGGGUGGGGACAUUGUACUGCGUGGUCCGCAUUCAGAAGACGAACAUCGUAAUCUUGCGCAUUGGGGCACACAAGUAUCUGCGAUCGACAAAGUGCUUGAUUCCAUGAGCUCAUUUGGUAACUGUAGUUCAUAUGAAAAGAUGCCGACAGCAUCAGAAAUUCUUGAAUCAUGGGAGCAGGAGUGUGUUGAUGACAUAUUUGCUCCGAAGAAGGGAAGUAGAGCAACUAUGAGGGGAUAAAUGAAUGAAGCACCUGAGUAUGUUGUUUGAUGUUAUUAGUGUAAAAUUCUCACAUCAAUUAGAACUGGCCUGGUUAAUGCGGGAAUUAUGGAGUCCCACAGGCUUAGGUUGCUUCUGGUUGUUGUGAUCCCACCGAAGUUCUGUAGAAGAGUAAACCAACCUGUGAGUAUUUAUUUGCACACAUGCUCUUGUUUUGCACAAACUAUUUGCGGAGAUAUUGUUAACUGCUGCUCCGGGGUAAA